AUGUGUGGCAGAGGUGGCAGUGGUUGGCGUCAAACACGAGACACAGAGUCAAUGGGUUAGGGCUUAUGUCAAAGUGAAAGAUGGGAUAUUUGUCACUGAAGAAGAACUCACAAAAUUUGUUGCAGACAAUUUGAAUGAUGCGAAACAGAUAAGGGCUGGCGUUGUGUUUGUCGAUCACAUCCCGAGGACUACUAUAGGAAAAGUCGAUCGAAGAUAUUUCAAACAAUUGAUCGCCGAUGAAGUCAUUAAAGCCGUGUAAUGUUGUCAUCGAUUCAAUCAAACAAUGAAACAAAGCUAUAAUUCCAAUGACUAGUAGUCUAUAAACCAGUUUAAAAUAGUUAUUAUUUUCUAAUUAUGGGCUUUAUUUUCUUUAUUUUAGCAAAUCAAACCCUUUUAGUUUAAAUUAAAAUAAUUAUUGGGAAUUAUAAUUACAAGACUAUUCUAUAGUCAUUAAACUAAAUCAACGC